AAUUCACAUAUCAAUUUCUCUCUCUCUAAAACCACGUAGAUGCAGGCCUAUCACCACCACCCACCCUCACUCCGCCGCCACAAUUCACAUGUCAAUUGCGCUGCCGCCGGCGAUAAAGCAAGUGGUGUCGGAAUCAUGGGCGAAUUUAACCCGACGGAUGCGGAGAUAAUCCGUGAGUAUCUGAUGAAGAAGAUCAACAAUGAGGCGUUUCAUACCGACAUGAUCAGUCCAGUUCACUUCUAUGCUUUCACUCCAGAUUAUCUUUCUGGCAGUUCGUCUACUUCACAGGGAAACGUCGAGAUUCUGUCAGGACUGAUUGGAUGAUGCGAGAAUUCACAGCACCAGAGAAUCGCGCGAGGAUGAAAGAUUGGGUUGUGUGUAAGAUGUAUAGGAACGAAAUCCGGAUAUCAAGAAAAAGAAACCAUGAUGGAGAGGCGAACAACAACCCGGCCUACACUGAGGCGAUACGACCAGUCGACGAUAGCUCAACACCCAAAUUUUGAAUGUUUUAAGCUAUGGAAGAAUUUCAAAGUUGAUUGUGUUUGUUUAUCAAAAUAACUCAAUGAGAUGGGAACUUAUUCAGAUAAGUUUUAGGUAAAACAGUCACAUUGUCUUUAUUUCCUAGUAUCAUAUACACUAAGCUGUACAGUUGUUUGAUAAGGGAUUUGAGGUUGGAUCAGUUUAUUUUUAAUACUAUGAUUCAAUUUUGGUGGAUUGUAUAGUACAACUUUUAUGCAAAAUUUUGAGUCUUAAAAGAUUUGUUUUGUUGUUUUAGUGAGACUCAGGUGUAACUCUUUUGGUGGGAUUAGUUAAACUAAAUUGAAUAAAUUUUACUAAUAGAAAAGGCGGGAAAGGCCAAACUAACUCAAACUGUAGAAAGUGUGUUUAUUUGAGCAGAGCUCUCUCUCUCUGAAAAAUCACCCCCAAAACCCAGCCUCACUGCGCCACCACUUUCACAUGCCAAUUGCGGCGGCGACGGCGAUAAAGCUAGUGGUGUUGGAUCCAUGGGCGACUUAGCUCCGGUUCGCGAAUUUAAACCGGCGGAUGAAGAGAUAAUUCUUGAGUAUCUGAUGAGGAAAAUCAACAAUGAGGCGUUUCACACCGACAUGAUCAAUACAGUUCAAUUCUAUGCUUCCACUCCAGAUAAUAUUUCUCAAAUGCAUAGAGCAAGUGGAGACAGAGUGUGGUAUUACUUCACACAGAGAAGGAGAAAGCAUAGACGCGGCCAUCAGGUGGACAGGACAGCAGGGGAUGGAUAUUGGAAGGUUAUUGGUGCUCUCAAACGUAUCACGCAUAACGGAGAGAGAAUUGGGCUGCGCAGGCUGUUCGUCUACUCCACAGGGACAUAUCGAGAUUCUGUUCAGACUGAUUGGUUGAUGCAAGAAUUCACAGUGCCAGAAAACCGCGCAAGGAUGGGUGAUUGGGUUGGGUGUAAGAUGUAUAAGACAACCAGGCAAGGCGGCAGCUCUAGUUUGAUUCGUGAUGCAGUGAACGAAAGCAGGAGUUCAAGAAAAAGAAACCAUGAUGGAGAGGCGAACAACAACCCGACCUACGCUGAGGUUGAGCUAAUGAAGAAGUACAAAAUUGAUGAAACAUGAAGGGUGAAGGACAAGCAGUGAAUCAGUUGUGUAGUGAAAGGCUUUCAAUUGUUGUAGUGCUAAUUCUUGCUCAUAAUGACAUACUAUUUGCUUUUCA